GAUGUAACUACCUUCUUGGGAGAAAAAAGUUCAUACUGAAUAUUUUAAUCCACCAAGAAGGAUACCAGAACGCAAUGAAGAUUCUAGACUUUCAAAUUUAUAUUUUACUGGCAUUGAUUACAGUUGCAGCGGCAUGGCCGGAGAAAGGAAGUUUUGGAACAGAAUUCUUUAUUGGUAUCUCACCUCAAGCAUAUUAUAGUGACCUGGAAAGUACAACGAUAAGUAUUGCUUCAAAAGCAGAAGGUCAUGUGCGCACGUAUGUUCCUCACAAAUGGAUAGACAGGAACGAAGUGUUGAAGAAGGGAAUUACAAACAUAACUAUUGUCGAUAUGCCGAUCCAUAACACCGGUUUAAGGAAAACGGGAAUUUUUCUGAAGACAACUUUGCCAGUUGCUGUUUAUGUAACACAGAGUUCUACAACAUACUUAGCAUUUCCAAAGUCCUUUCUUGGAAAACACUACAUUGCUCCUAAAUAUUCUUCAAACAUCACAGCUUCCCCAAUUACUGCUCAUUCGUAUGUAACAUUUGUUGGAACAUACGACGGCACAAUAAUCAACGUGACAGAACCUAACAGAAGCUUCACAAUCCAGCUGGAAAGCUUAGAUGUUUAUGUCUUGAACCAAAGAUAUAUGGUACAGAUCAUUUCAAACAAACCCGUAGUGAUGUUGACGUCAGUUGAAUGUUCAUUUCACAGACAAAAUGGUAAAAUGGGUUGUCGGCCAUUAGUUUCGCAACUCCUCUCUGUUGACAAGUUUGCUAGGCAAUUUAUCGUUCCUUCACUUCCUGGAGAUAGCAACCCAUAUAGACACGCUUACAACAAUGCCACAUUCUUAAUUACGGUUACUACAUCGACUGCCUCAUCUAUCUCUUUUAAAAGUGUUGACAGAACUGUGAACAUUCAUUUAAACAACGCUGGUUCAGCACACGCUGUUUUUAACGAUACACCAGUAAUGGUAUAUUCUGGAAGUCCAGCUAGUGUUAUAAGAUAUGUUCUCGGGGAUGAUAUGAAUAUUGAAUCAAUGAUGAUUGUUCCGGGUGUUGAAAAUUACUUAAAUGAUUACUUUUUCCCCAGUUUCAAAAGUCAGUCUCUUUACAUUGUUGGCAACUCCUUUGGAGACAUCAGACUGAAUGAACACAGAGUAACAUUCGGUGUGUAUACACAUACAUGGUUUCCAAUGCCUUCGGGUGUAGGCUGGUCAAUUCUUGGCUACGGUACUUCAUCGGGCUUGCAAGAAUUGUCACUGCUAGGUUCUUCCUUAACAGGGCUUUCAGCAUUUAUUGACGGAGCUCUUGCAGUUGGAAUAGGAUCUCCGUACAUAAGUCAAUUUGGUAUGCAGAACUUGCUUGCUCACCUGUGCACAAAGUGCUCAGGGUGGCCUAUUGUGAUCAGCUUGUGUCCAUCGUUGCCCGUCGUGCGUCGUUAG